CCAUUGAGCCUCUCUUCUGCAAUCCUGUGACAAAAAUCAGAAAUGGCAACUCUCAGAUCGUUGACUUGCUUCGUCAUAGCAGCGUUGCUGAUCGAACUAGCCGCGGCAGCUAGCUACACGGUCGGAGGCCCAAACGGCGGGUGGGACACGGCUACCAAUGUCCAGACCUGGGCAUCAUCUCAGAAGUUCUUAGCAGGAGAUACUCUGGUCUUUCAGUACGCGCCAAGCCAUGAUGUAACCGAAGUCAACAAGGCAGAGUACGACUCUUGCCAAGCAACCAGCCCAAUCAAAACAAGCACUGGCGGAUCCACCACUGUUUCCCUCACAUCUCCGGGCAAGAGAUACUUCAUUUGCUCUACCCCGGGACACUGCACCGCAGGAAUGAAGCUUGAAGUAGACACCCUCGCAGCCACUUCAUCCCCGCCACCAGCCGUUCCCGUCACCCCCCCAACCGCAUCUCCUGCCACCCUACCACCCACAUCUCCAGCCACCCCACCGCAGAGAUCCCCAGCUGCUUCCCCACCGUCGAGAUCUCCAGCAGCCCCUCCUCCAGCAGAAUCUCCGGCCAGUCCUCCACGUUCCGCUCUGGCUCCUAAAACACCCGAAUCCUCACCAGCAGCGACCCCAGGAUUGGCUCCACCAAGCGACACUUCCGUAGGAUCAGUUGCCCCAAGCGGAACUGUUGCGGAAUCACCCAAGUCAUCGGCCAACAGAGGAAGUUGGACUUUUACUUGGGCAAUAGGAGUAUGCUUUGGAGUUGUAAGCCUUCUGGCUGUGUGAGGAGCUAAACAUUCUUGUGUGAUUCUUUUAGAUCUCUGCAUUUGAUUAAAUUUUUU